UUCUUUGCCUCGUCCAGACGUUUAUUCUAUCCGUCUCCUUGCGACUACGGCGGGCGUGUGUGUAUGUGUGAUAAAGACUAAUCUGAUUAACCUUUGAUUGUUUGCCUGUAACUGCAACGACGGGUAGCACAAUGCGAGUGCUUAUUUUUGGCCUGCUCGUAACAGCCUUUGCAGUUGAAUCAACCUGGGGCCGAUUGUUCAUAAAUCCUUACCCAAGCUUCGAGCAUGUAAAGCGUAUAACUAUCGACAACGACCAAGACGUUGGUGAGCCGCUAUUUCUCACGCCAUUCAUUAAAAAUGGUUCCAUAGAAGACGGUCAGAAAGCAGCCAAAGUGGCGCACGGAGGAUUCCCGGCCGAUGUGGAAAGUUAUUCAGGAUACCUGACUGUGGAUGAGAAGAAUAAUUCCAAUCUAUUUUUCUGGUACUUUGUGGCUCAAAACGACAUCCAGAAGGAUGCUCCGGUAGUAUUGUGGUUGCAAGGCGGACCAGGAGCGUCCUCGCUGUACGGAUUAUUCACCGAACAUGGUCCUUUUUGGGUUGAUGCCAACAUGAAGUUGAAUCCGAGACAGUACUCAUGGCAUCUGAACCAUCAUCUGAUCUAUAUUGAUAAUCCGGUUGGAACUGGGUUCAGCUUCACUGAUCACGACGAAGGAUAUAGUGUGAACGAACAGCAGGUUGGCGAGAAUCUACAUAACGCUCUCGUACAGUUUUUCGAUUUGUUCCCAAAUAUUGCGGAUCGUCCAUUUUUUGUGACGGGCGAGUCCUACGGAGGAAAGUAUGUACCGGCCGUCGCACAUGCUAUUCAUCGUCGCAACGAUAAUUCCAAAGUUAAAAUCAACCUUCAAGGGCUCGCCAUCGGCAAUGGAUUAUGUGAUCCGUUUCACCAACUGGUGUACGGCGACUAUCUCUAUCAGUUGGGUUUGAUCGAUUCCAAUGCAUUGAUUCAAUUCCACGAUUACGAGAAAAAGGGUCGCAGUUGCAUCUCUAGUAAGAACUUCACCUGUGCCUUCGAAAUAUUCGACUCUCUGAUAAAUGGUGAUCAGUACACCAGUGGAUCACUUUUCAAAAAUGUUUCGGGAUUUGAAACGUACUUCAACUAUCUGCAAACUAAACCCGAUGCAGCAGAUGCGUACAUGGCCAAAUUUCUACAGCUUCCGAAAACGCGUCGCGCAAUCCAUGUAGGGAACAAUACAUUCCACGAUCUGGACAGCGAGAACAAGGUUGAACAACAUCUGAUGCUUGACGUGAUGGACUCGGUCGUGCCAUAUUUGGAGGAGCUACUGCAUUUUUACCGUGUCGCCGUAUACAACGGGCAGUUGGAUAUAAUCGUUGCCUAUCCGUUGACGGUGCAUUAUUUGCAGAAACUAAACUUUCCCGCUCGUUCCCAGUACAACAAGGCACCGCGAUUGAUCUGGAGGGUGGACGGAGAAAUAGCCGGAUACGCGAAAGAAGCGGGCAAUUUAGUUGAAAUUAUGGUUCGUAAUGCUGGCCAUAUGGUACCGAAGGAUCAACCGAAGUGGGCGCUGGACUUGAUCAUGAGGUUGACCCAUGGUAAGGGAUUUGCCUGAUGAGAAGCAAUCGUUUUGAACGCUCAUAUAUGUAAUAUGAUUUCGCAAAUAAAAUUAUUUUCCAAAUAUUA